CUCAGUACUCACUACUCAGUACCUGUUGAAAAACGUUUUGAAAUGGACGAUCAAAGUAAGAUUUUGAAGUACCUCGUUGCAGUCGAAAAAUUAGCCGAGGAAAUAAUUAAUGAUAAGCGAGAAAUCAUAAUGUUAGAUAAAAGAAGAAAUCAAAAUCGAGAAGCCAUAAGAGAUCUUACAAAAUCUUCGCAAUUGAAAUGUUGGGUGACUGUUGGGUCUGUCCUUGUGAAACAUAAUGUUGAAGGCACAAUAACAUUAUUAGAAUCUGAUCAAAAACAGCUAGAUAUAGAUAUAAAUAAACUUCGUAGUAACCUUAAAGUAAAAGUUAACAGAUUAAGAGAUUUAGAAAUGCAACCCCCAGUGCCAGGUUUAAUGUUAGUCCCAAUUACUGAUAAAGAAAGUGAAGGCUUAUCAAGAGCUGGAUUAUUUUCACAAUAAGUAGAUUAUUGAAUUUAGUACCAUCAAGAUUGUAAAUUGUUAUAGAACUGUGCUUAAUAUUUCUUUUUAUUGAUUAAUGCCAAACUAACUUAGUUUCAAAUCGACACUAUAUGGAGAUGAAGAUUUACUUAAUUACAUUGCUCACUAAAUGAGCAACAAGCUAACUUUAAUUUUCCCUUUAUAAAUUUAUUUCUUUGUCAAAGCUCGAAUUAGUAGUGCAUACAUGAACACAAUAAAUAUGAUUAAAAUAAUAAAUUGUAAUUUACUAGAUGCCAUUACAGCAUGUUUAUUAUGUUUCAUUAAUCAUAAUUGAAGACUUAGUGGAUGAAGGUGACAUGAAACAAAAAGAUGAUUGUGCAGUGGCAUUGGGCAACCAUUACAUGGUCAUCAUAUUACAAGGAUCAGUUUUUUUAAUUUAAAAUCAAUAAGUAUCCACAUUGAUAUUGUAACAGUUGUUUUACUUUAUUUGGAACCCUACAGUGUAGUACUGUAUUAAUACAAAGGGUUUAAUAAAUAGGAAUAGUUUUAUUUAUUUAUAAUAUUUACCAGUAGAAAAAGUUUAUUAUGAAACUUGAGACUGAUUGCAAUUAUAUUGUAGCUAUGGACUGUUAAAAGUAGUUUUGUUAUAUUGUAUUAUAGUUCCAGAAAUAAUACACAUAAUCUUGUAGGUAAAAAUAGAGGUUGAGCAGAUUAUCAGACAAAUAAUGGAAUAUAGCAAUAAAUAAGAAAAAACAUUAUAUUUUGUAUUUUAUUGGACUAAGGUAUUUCAAAUAAAAAGUCAUCAAAUAUAUAAUUUUCAAUAUGCACAGUUACAUCUUUAUACAUGUAAAUAAUAUAGUACAUAACAAAUAAAUAAUAAAUAGUACCAAAUUUUUAGGAUUUAUCCAUUAAUAAAAUUAUUGCAGUUUGGUGUGAUAAUUACAUACACAGUGACUUGACUAAGUGCCGAUUACUUAAGAGAACCUUAUUGAAUGAAGAGUAUAUUACAGCAUCUAAAGUUGAAUAGUUUGUAAGUUUGUUAUUAGUAUAGUCAUAUCCAUUUGUAUGACCAUGGUAUUGAUUUUUGUUAAUGAACAUAAUUAUGUAUCCAAUUAUUAUAAUCAUCACCCAACUAGCUUAACAUUAUAAACAAUAUAAUAUGGCAUAAUAUGAAUUGAUAGUUCGAUUUGAAUUACAUUUUCUUACAGAAAUUAACAUCUACAACAUAAAACCUAAGCAAUAUUAACUUACUUAUGAAUAGUUGUCAAUAUCAAAACGUUAAUCCUAUAGGUUAUUGCUUAAUAAUAUAUAAUUCUUAGUAGCUUGUAUUGAAAUUACAGUAUUCAGUACAAAAUGCCACGAUUGUUAAAAGAUAAGAUUCUCGAAUACGAAAUUGUAAAUUGUAAUGUUUUGUGGAUUGUCUUUUGAGCACAUUAUAAUCUGUUACUAUCACAAGUCUUUGAAUUCUGAAUGGCCAAAGCACAUGAUUGAUUUUUUAAUAAAAUACUGGCAUGUCUAAAGGGCAGUGUCGCAUCACAGAUAUGGGGCGUCUAUUUGCCCUCUAUGCCCUGUCACUACCAAUUGGCCAUUCCGGGCUUAUUCAGCGUCAUAAAAUAUAUUUGACAAGAUGAACCACCCUUUGCGGACGAGAAGAAAACUUUGUCAU